AUGGUUUUGUCAAAUAGGAUCAAGCAAGUAAUGCCUACGAUUAUUAGUGACUCCCAAUUUGUAUUCAUAGGGGGAAGAAAUAUCUUGGAUGGAGUGUUGAUUGCCAAUGAAAUUGUGGAUGAGUGGAAGAAGCAUAAGAUAAAAGCCAAAAUCUCCAUUUUAGUUAAUGGAUCACCAACAUCUGAGUUCAAACCUCAAAGAGGGCUUAGACAGGGUGAUCCAUUAUCAUCAUUUCUCUUUAACAUUGUGGUUGAGGGUUUAAACAUCUUGUUGGGUAGAGCUUUGCAGAUGGGAUUGAUUAAAGGGGUAGCUAUGCCAGAAGGAGUUGCAAAGAAGCUUGAAAAAAUACAGUCUAGAUUCUCGUGGGGAGGUGAUGAGCUUAGAAGGAAAAUUCAUUUGGUUAAAUGGGGAGAGAUCACACGAAGAAAAAGUCAAGGGGGGUUAGGAAUUAAAAAGAUGAAUUCCUUGGAUUAUACUUUGUCUUUGGACAAAUCUGAAUCUAUAGAAGUGGUGAGGAGUAGGAGAAAUGGUAAUGAAGAAUGGAAGCUUAUUUUUAGAAGAACUCUGUUUCAGUGGGAAGUGAAGGAAUUAGGGAGGCUGAAUAUGCUACUACUCAAUGCUCCUGUCCUUAGGGUAUGUAGGAUGGAUAGCUUAAGAUGGAAUGCAGAUAAAGCUGGUGAGUUCAUUGUUGCCUCUGCCUAUAAAUGGAGUGCGCUAUCUUCUAAGGAUAUUAGUAAAGUAAUUGGUUUCAUUUGGAAGAAUGUGGCUCCACCAAAGGCUCAGUUUUUUGGUUGGUUAUCAUGGAAAGAGAGCAUUAAGACAUCUUGUUAUCUUCAAAGAAUUGGUUUUCUUAGUGGUGGUUCAAAUGUGAAUUGUAUUUUUUGUAAUGAUGAUUUGGAGAGUGUCAAUCAUGUGUUGCUAUUUUGUCUUUUUAUCUAG